AUGGACUGCGGCGACGGCGUGGCGAGCGACAAGAAGCUUCGUCCGGAAGCGAACCGUGUUGGAGCAAUGACGCCUUUCGAAUCCGCCCCGUUCGGGAAAACAACGUACAAUUCGGAAAACACAGAUGUCGCCGCCAGCUAUGCAGCUCACAGUGAAAAUAAGUUCCCCACACAGCUGGAGCGCGUCGACGGCGGAGGGACGAGGAAUUUACUGGCGGUGCUGACAUGGCACGAGAAUCGUUAA